UACAAACGCAAUAAAUAACGCGUGUGACGCAACGAUUUAGUGGACAUGCACGAUGCACGACGCGGAAGACAUGUGUCCCGCAAUCUCUGUUUGUGCGUUAGCUGAUUACGUGCUAGAUUAACAAUCAGAAUGUAGGCCCCGACGAUAACGAUGGGGAACGCUCCUCGCGAGAGCGCAUAUAAGUUACGCGCAUCCAAUUGACUUCUUCAUAUUGUCAUCAGAGUAAGCGACAUUACAAGAACGCGAUUGAGACGCACGGUCGACAUAGUCAGAAGACUUUUUCUCGGUGCUCCGUCGCCAUUUGAUCGCGAGCCAGCAAUCAGGUCGACGAAACGUGUCUUCGUCUUCACUGGUACUGCACAUCGGCAUCAUCUUCAAAGGGAGAACCUUUGGAAAAAUCAAAAGCAAUUUGAGAGAUCAUAUUCGAGAGAGUUAAAGUAUGUCAAAGAUAAAAGUACUGGACGGUGGAUUCUCCACACAGUUAUCUACUCACGUUGGCGAGAAAAUCGACGGCGAUCCUCUGUGGACCGCGCGUUUCCUCGUGACGGAGCCAAACGCGGUUUUCGCCACUCACUUGGAUUUUCUGCGAGCCGGCGCUGAUAUCAUACAGACCAACACGUAUCAGGCGACGAUCGACGGCUUUAUCGAAUACUUGGGCAUCAACGAAGAGGAGAGCCUCGAGAUAAUCCGCAGAGCCGUCGAUCAUGCUAAAAACGCGGUGAACGUCUACAAUAAGGAGAUAGAAAAUUACACAAGCGUGACGAAUCGAAAGCCAUUGAUCGCCGGAUCCUGCGGGCCCUACGGUGCCUGCUUGCACGACGGCUCGGAGUAUACCGGCUCGUACGGCGCGCGUGUGUCGCAGGAAUUCUUAAUCAACUGGCACAGGCCCCGUGUACACGCGUUGUUGGAGGAAGGUGUUGAUCUAUUGGCGAUAGAGACGAUCCCUUGCGAACGCGAAGCGGACGCUGUGGUCGAGCUAUUGAAGGAAUUUCCGAAUGCGCGCGCCUGGCUGUCCUUUUCGUGUCGCGACGACGGCAAGAGCCUGGCGGACGGCACCAGCUUCCGGGAGACUGCCGUAAGAUGCUACAAGAACGCGCUACCUGGACAGAUAUUAGCAGUCGGUGUUAAUUGCAUCGCCCCGCAAUGCGUUACCUCUCUGUUAAAAGGCGUGAAUAAAGGUAACACCGAGGAUUUCAUACCGUUGGUAGUGUAUCCUAAUAGCGGAGAGAAAUAUGUGGUGACUGAAGGAUGGAAGAAGGACGGAGAGGUUCUUUCUCUGCACGAGUUCAUUGACGAAUGGUUGGACCUUGGCGUGCGCUAUAUCGGCGGUUGCUGUAGAACGUACGCCACUGAUGUCAAACGGAUCAAGUCCAAAGUGGAUCAACGCCGAGCAACGUAGAGAUUUAACGAUUAUCAAGAAUGUUCGGCUUCGAGUGAUUUGAUGACACAAUAUCAUCAUCACGAUAUCGUAUGCCUUAUGAGAUGCUCUGACACUUUGUCAGAAACAUGUACCUUGUUGUAGAGAUUUUAAUAUUUUUUUAUUGGUGUUCAGAAAACAGUUUCCAAAUGUAAAAACAUUAUCUCUGUCGAGUGUAUACAAAAAGAUGUUAAUAUAAAUUAAAUAUUAAAUACAAAGACUCUUUAUAACAUA